AUGAUUGUGCUCCUCCUUGUGCCCAUGCUGCUGGUCGGCUAUGCCGGGGGCCAUGCUCUGGACACCCCACAUCUCCCACUGAAGUUGCCUCCAGGACUCUCCAAAAAUAUCAAUAUUACCAUCUUCAAUGGGGUGUUUAAAAAUGUGGAAACUGUGGCUGAAAUUUUUGACUGCCUGGGCUCCCACUUCACCUGGCUGCAGGCUGUAUUCACCAACUUCCCUCUGCUGCUCCAAUUUGUGAAUGGGCUGUGGUGCGUGGCGGACCUCUGUCCUCGAGACUUGGAGGACUACGGCUGUGCCUGCCGAUUUGAGAUGGAAGGGCUGCCACUCGAUGAGUCGGACAGCUGCUGUUUCCAGCACCGCAGGUGCUACGAGGAGGCCGCAGAAAUGGACUGUCUCCAGGACCCCGCCAAGCUCAGUGCAGAGGUCGAUUGCAUCAGCAAGAAGAUCACAUGUGAAUCCAGGGACCCUUGUGAGCAGCAGCUGUGUGCCUGUGACAAGGCGGCCAUCGAGUGCUUGGCUCGCUCUGGCAUCAACUCUUCCCUCAAUCUUCUGGACAUCUCCUCGUGCCUAGUGCAGACGCCAGAGGUGACCAGCAGGAGCGGGCUGACCACACUGCUGCCUGCAGAGGUUCCUGCAAAGCCCACGGACAUGAGCCUGGCGGCCAUUUCAGGAGAAGGUCAGGUGCCUCCCUCAUCUUCCCUGCUUGGUGUGGUGGAACUGCUGGAGCACUAUGGGUGGUUAGGCUUGGGUCCCUCACAGGUUUGUCAUGAAGCUGGUUGGUUUAUUUUCACAGUCACUGGUGACACCAGAGCUGACAGACGGACCACGCUCUCCAGGACAAAACUAGGCCAAGAUCCAGAAGCUGACACGGCUAGGCCCACACUACCGACAGCGCAUACCGAGGGUGCAGGCAUGAACACUGCAAGAUCACAGGCCUCAGCAGCCGCCCUGAUUCUCAUCGAUGAGACAUCCAGGUGGUCUAGCCAGGCUCCUGGCAGGGGAUCUGCAGAGAUUAUUGCUACAGCUAAAGAUAUCACCCUUGUCCCAACUGGCAUAAAAUCUUCAGGGCUGGUGGUGUCAUCCGUUGACAGUGGUCCUGAGGAGACAACUGGGAAAGCCUGUGACAGGCUCAGCUUCCUGCGCACGGGGGGCGAGGACAGCAGGGAGGCCAUGCAGCAGCUUGGAGAGAUGCUCUUUUGUCUGACAUCCCGCUGCCCAGAGGAAUUCGAGUCCUAUGGCUGUUACUGUGGGCACACAGGAAGAGGAGAGCCCAGGGACACCCUGGACAGGUGCUGUUUGUCCCAUCGCUGCUGCCUAGAGCAGAUGAGGCGGCUGGGCUGCCUACGCGAGAGGCAUUCUGGGUUGGAGACGGUGUGUGUGGACCACAGACCCAAGUGUGUAGGACAGAGCCUCUGUGAGAAGCUGCUUUGUGCCUGUGACCAGACAGCUGCUGAGUGCAUGGCCUCGGCCUCCUUUAAUCAAAGCCUCAAAUCACCAGGCAGACAAGAGUGCCAGGGCCUGCAGGUGGCAUGCGAGGAUGGGCUGACACUGGGAGGGCACUCAGCCUCGUCUACGGGCUCCAGCUCUGAGGAGAACAGCGAAGAGGCUCCACCGCACACAGGGGGCCUUAGAAGAAGCAGAAGGUUUCUGGGGAAGAUGCUUGGUCCCCUGGAAUCCAGGCUACUCCCUGGGAGAUAG